AACGCGUGUAAAUGAGCAAAAAACUUCCUCGGACAUGCGAACGCGUUUAGCAUCAUUGAUAGUUGUGAAGCAGGAACCGCAGGACGAGGAUUUCUUGCUGCCGCCAUCCGUCGCCAAUUUCAGCCAAUUUAUCUUGACGCACUCGAAUAGUGAAAAUGAAGACAGUAACAACAAUAUCACUGAGAUCAAUGGCUACAGUAAUUUUUCAGUGUUGCACCAAUUUGAUGAUUUAAACAAUAAUAGUAGUGAAGGAGAAGUUUUCGGCAAUAUUCAUCACUGCAUCAAUCAGCGGAGCAACUUUGCGGCAGAAGAAGAGGAAGAGUUGGAAGAAGAGAAGGAAAGAGACGAAGAUAAGAAGUGUGCACCUUCACUGUUGUCGGCGAUCGUAGCACAACAGGGCAUCGUCAGUCCAGAAUCCAGUCAAGGGGACAGCGGCACUGCCACUUCAGUAGCUGCGGCAAGUGCUGGGACGGGAAGCACCGGCGAAGGAAUUGCCGCAUCAACUAUGCUGCUAUUGCAAUCUCAACAGAGCACCUUUAGUUCUCUUUCUUCGUUUGAUCUUUUGUCAUCUAAUCAGCAGUACCCAUCUCAGCAAUAUCACCAGCAGAUUCAGCCAGAGUCUGUGCAUUUCGAUAUUGGUGCAAGUGAUCUCGACCCUCUGUCGGACGUCCUAUAUCCGUCUACAUCUGCAUCCUCUUUUGCUGGUCAGAUUCUCGCAUCGACGUCUCAAGAGCGCGUCAGUGACACUCCCUUUGCUGACCAAUUGCAACACUCGAACUCGUCCAGUGACACCCUAGUUGGGCUCAGUAGUCACUCAAGCCACUUCGGAGGCUCUGUGGAGAGCCUUCCAACUACUCUUGUACCUCUCUUCCAAAAGGAGGAGACCAACGUUCUUCUGUCGCCAUCUGAUCAGGCGCAAGAAGCUCUAGACAGACCUACCGACCUCGGACCACUGACUCUUCGCUCCAGCAGUGAUCCCGCCAUAUCCCUGCACUCACUCCAAUCCCGCCAGCCACAAGCCUCACUGUCCACAACUCCCACGGCGCCUGAUUCCCCGCUGCCGAGUUUCCAAGAGACCUACUCUAUCAAGUACAGUCAGUUGGCUAGCUUUGGGCUCAAGAUGGACGAAGACACCUUCAACGUCGCCUCACCUUAUCAUGCUGGUGUGGUGGCUUAUCAGCAUGGCCAUCAGAAUCCUUUUGCCAGUUCCUCCACCACAAUCCAUCACCAAGGACAUUAUGAUUUCCACGGACAGCACACUGCAGCGGCUGGACAGCAGCAUCCUCCGCAGUACAUGCCACAGGGUUCUGGAGGAUUCUACCAGCAGCAGUCCUUCGAGCAACAUCCUAUGCAAUACACGCCCAGCACCCAAGAGCGCUACUCGUUGCCACCUUUUCCCACUGUGUCGGAGCUCCAUGUGUCCACCACCAGCCAGAGACGUGCCUCUCUGCCCCUACAGCGCUCCGAGUCCACGUCGAGCAGCGAGAGCCCCAAACCUCCGCGCGUGCAGCUGCCCAAAGGCUUCCUGACCAGCGCCUCCAGUUCCGCCUCCAGCUCUCCCGGCUGCAUCAACAACAACAACCCAGCGGCGGCUAACAACAACGACCCGGGACUCAGCCGGGGCGUUGUGCAGCCCACGCCGCAGAGUCCUUCUCAAUUGUGCGCCGUUUGCGGAGACACGGCAGCGUGCCAGCACUACGGCGUUCGCACCUGUGAGGGCUGCAAGGGCUUCUUCAAGCGCACCGUGCAGAAGGGCUCCAAGUACGUGUGUCUGGCGGACAAGGCGUGCCCGGUGGAUAAGCGGCGACGCAAUCGCUGCCAGUUCUGCCGCUUCCAGAAGUGUCUGGCCGUGGGCAUGGUGAAGGAAGUGGUACGCACAGACAGUCUCAAGGGGCGUCGCGGGCGGCUGCCCUCGAAGCCCAAGUCCCCGCAGGAGUCCCCGCCGAGCCCGCCUGUGUCCAUGAUCACGGCUAUGGUGCGCGCUCACGUGGACACCACGCCGGACCUGGCCAGUCUAGACUAUUCGCAAUAUCGCGAGCCAACACCGACGGAGCCGGUUCUUUCGGAGGCGGACAAAGUACAACAGUUCUACACUCUCCUCACCACAUCGGUGGACGUGAUCAAGCACUUUGCCGACAAGUUACCUGGAUUCAGUGAUCUCUGCCCGGAGGACCAGGAGCUCCUCUUUCAGUCCGCAUCGCUGGAGCUCUUCGUGCUGAGACUUUCGUACAGGGCUCGCAUUGACGACACGAAGAUGACCUUCUGCAGUGGUGUGGUGCUCCAUAAGAUGCAGUGUCAACGUUCCUUUGGUGACUGGCUCAAUGCCAUCCUCGAGUUCAGCAAGAGUCUUCAUGCUCUCGAAAUCGACAUCUCUGCUUUCGCCUGUCUCUGCGCUCUCACACUCGUUACUGAACGUCAUGGAUUGAAGGAGCCGAAGAAGGUUGAGCAGUUGCAGAUGAAGAUCAUUUCGAGUUUGCGUGAUCAUGUGACAUACAAUGCCGAGGCACAGCGGAAACCGCACUAUUUCAGCCGACUCUUGGGCAAAUUACCCGAGCUGCGUUCCCUGAGUGUGCAGGGACUCCAGCGAAUAUUCUACUUGAAGCUGGAGGAUUUGGUGCCCGCACCACCACUCAUUGAGAACAUGUUUGUGGCCACUCUGCCCUUCUAAGAUGUACGUAAAAUGUGUAUACUCUACUUUAAAUAUAGCUUGCAUAUGUUAUCUUCCCAACAUAUAUGUAUUUUAUAUAAGGGAUACUUUAUGAUAUAGUUUUCUUUGUGAACCAGAUAAAAGACAAGAGAUAAAGACAUUUAGAAUGUGACAUCUUUUAUCGUUACCUUAAAUAAGAUGUGCUUCUUCUGAUUACGAAAAAAGACAGAACAGACAUUUCUUAUAGGUCAAGAUUCUUCACUCGGUGAAGUGUGGAUUGCUCUUGAGUUUAUUUAAUUUUUGUAGAUUUGUAUAGAAACAUUUUAUACGUGAGAUUAAAAAGACCUUUUUUUCAGUAAACUUAAACCUAUUGUGAUUUUUUUAUAUACUUAUUCGGAAUUGUCAAUACUCAUUGAAUGAUAUUUUGAAUUUUUGCGUAUACAAAUUUCUUAAGGAAUAAUUGCGAAGAUAAUUUAGAUUAAGUAAAUGUUAGUGAUUAUACUGUGACCGGUACAAAAUGUAGAUUUACUAUUUAAGUUGCAAUUUGAGAGAAGAAAAAAUAUCUGUUUGACUUUCUUUUCAUCACAUUUUAUGGUUUAUUAUUGUACACUAUUAUACAUACUAAAUGAAGAUUUAAUUACAAGAAAGAUAAAAUGAAAAAAUUGUCAUGGAAAAAAAAUUCGUCUGCAAGCACACUUACAUGUAAUGUGUUUUCUUAUAUAGAAAGGAAAAAAUAGAAACAUUGCAAAAAUAGUUGUCAAUUUGUUCACCCUAUGAAUAAAGUAAAAAGUAAGUGCAAAAGUAAUUUAAUAAGAGUAGAAGUAGAAUAUUUAAGGGAACAUUUUUAUGGUUACCGAGAGUAGACAAAAAAACCCUAGUCCCUAAAAAUCAUUUUAUAAUAAAUUAUUUCUCUUUAUAAGUUACCAGUUGCCUGCCAUUGAUUUAGACACACAAUUUUUACUUAUAUUAGAAAGAGAUUAUUGUAAAUUUUCAUGAAUAUACAUAACAUAUUAGGAAAUAUUCUUGCCAAUAAGGAAAAAUAUUGCAUAUUCAUACCCGAAUAAAACGAAAAAAAAUAAUAUUGCACCUUUUUGGGUAAAGAGAUAGAGAUUAAAUAUAGAAUGCAGAAGGAAACACAAUGAAAGACAUGAAGAAUUUCAAAAGGAAAAAGUACCUUGACACUUGACAAUUUCAAUUUGAGAAUUAAAUAUUUUAAAAAACUUACACGAUGAAGAAAGAAACAAGAGAGAUAAACCUAAAAGUGCCAUUUUUAGAUCUUUAAAAAGAAGAUGAUAAAGAACAGAAAAUGACGGAAAAAUUUACUAUACAUUAUAUUUUUUCUAAAAUCGCCUUUUUGAUAGAAUUUUGGAACAAUUUAUAAUUACUUUUUGUUAUUGAAAUCUCCUUGUAAGAUCAAGCAUGAGGUUUGUGGAAAAAAUAUCCCUGCAACACAGUGAAAUACUCUUCGAAAAAAUAAGUACUGUGAUGGAGGAAUGAUUUUGUGAUAUGAAAGAGAAUUUUUCAGGGGAACAAGAAAAAUUGGCUUUCAUGAUUGCUUUACUAUCUAUAAAUUGAUAACAUUCGUUUUACUUGACACUCACUUGACCGUCCUGAAGAGAUUUAUGAACUUUUUAAUAGGCAUUACCACGUGCACCUUAUCAAACAAUUUUUCUAGUAAGACAUGAGAAAAUUUUUGCUUAAAUAGAAUCCUUAAAUAAACGGCAUUGAAAGGAAAAUGAAACUAUUCUUCUAGCAUACUCUUCAUGAUAUAUACAUACCUUAUAACACUUAUAUUCGACUUUAUCCGAGAUGAACUUUCAAGAAUUUUACAUAUACAUAUCUAGCGAAAGUAAAUUUAAUUACUGUAUUGCAUUAAUAAUUGUAUUGAGAUGCAUGAAUGUUGUCAAAGCACAUAAUUUAAUACAAGAUAUAAUAAUUCAUUAUUAUAUGAAUAAAUAAAGUGUAUAAAAU